UAAACAAGAACGCGCAUAUAUGUCGUCGCUCUAAUCGAAUUGUUCUUUGAAUUCAAAGAAAAGAAGACCCCAUGGAACUCUAGCAGAUCUUUAGUGGUGUGAUCAUCGGUUGAGGUCGGCAGAUCUGUUAUGUCUAGUACUAAAAUCCACUACAUACUCUAUCGACGACUUGCUAUUCAUCACACUACACUAAAUAAACUUAAUAGGCAUCCUCUUAGCUUACUCCACGACUCCCAAUUCAAUCUCUGUUCGAAUUCUUAUUUUUACCCCUAUUCCCCCAAACCAGCAGCCCCACUACAAACCUGCGCAUUCUCAACCACCACCAACAAACCCCAACACAAAACCAUGACACCCUUACCAGGUAGCUGCUACUGCGGCUCCAUCAAAUACACCAUCACCCUCGAAGACCCGGAAACUCAAGCGCGCACGAGUAUCUGCCACUGCGGGAACUGCAAGAAAUUCACCGGCGGGGAGCACGGCAUCACGACCAAGAUUCCGAAAUCCGCUUUUGAGAUCACGCAAGGAAGGGAUCGUAUCAAAGUACAUGAAGCGGAUAAUGGGAGCGGUGUGGUGUUGCAUCGUGAGUUUUGUGGUACUUGUGGAGGGCCGUUGUUAGAGUAUGGGGCUAAUGCGGGGGAUAAUAUUUAUGUUUUCUAUGGCACGAUGGAAGAUCAUGCUCGUGGCCAAGUUGAACCUAAGGGGGAGUUCUUCUGCAAGUUAAGGGAUCCAUGGAUGCCCGAGGUUGAAGGGAUGUUUCAGAAGCAAGAGAUCAAGCAGUGA